AUGCCUUCUCUAUCUAAUCGACCUAAUAUUACUUUCUCAGUGCAUUCAAGCCCUACAGAUUUCCUCUCUGUAGCCUUUGAGCAUUUAUCUCGGCGAGAAGAGCGGUCAAAUAUAAUACUUGCACUCGCACUUGAAGCGCAAGAAAAGGAGCAACAGACGGGAUCUGAGGCGAGCACAGGCAACAAUUUUUGGAUUUGCAUCUGGACUACAAGGGCAUCUCCUCAAUCUCGGGCAACUAACUGGUCCCUCGAUUUUGUUUUUGCUCUCAACGAUAACCAUUUUGGUGGAUACCCUUUAUUUAUCUGGUCCGGUCACCCUUCGUGUGACCUCACACCUGCUUUCAUUGAACAGCGCGUGAGGCUCGCGGUGGUACAGCUAUACAAGUCAAUUCCGUCCCAGCGUAUCUUCUCCGCUUUUGGGUUGGUACCAGUGGUGUGCGCAUUCCGCAGCGCGUGGACGCAUAUAUCCGGCCACAACCCCGAGCCAGCUCCGUUUUACUCUGUCAAGCUCAGUUAUUGUACAAAUAAUACUCUAAAACCAGCACCAUCUAGCCUUCCUUGCAGUGAUUCUAUCAAACUGGCUGAAAUGGAGGAUCUCGACCAAGUGGCGACUCUAUGUAAUGGCCUGGCACGUGAUUCGAUAUAUUUUACACUACAAGACGAUCAAAGCAAUACCGAGGCACUUAAGCUAAUCCGAGACAGGCGGAUUUGGGUCUACCGGACACGUGAUACAUCUGGCAGAGUCCGUAUCGCAUCGAUGGUUUGUUCUUCAAGAUCGUCACAGAGUGUCGCAGCCAUCACAAAGAUCUAUACUGCUGCAGAGUUCCGAGGCCGCCAGUUUGCAAAGCGCCUUAUGCACUGGGUAACACAGCAUCUCCUCCACAAUGAGGGCAAGGAUACAGUAGUGCUUUACGUCUCACACGGUGACCCAGUAGAAAGAUUAUGCCAUCAAGUUGGGUAUACAGGGUUGUGCGGAGCACCACGUCCGGAACUAGUCGAAGACUGGUUAGAGAUCGGUUUCCAGGUUAGCCCGCAACCGAGUUUAUCGAAUCUUCUCCAGUCUAACGAACAAACAUCCCAGAAUACGAUACGAGGGCACUGGUGA